GCGCCUUGCGGUACUAGUUAUGAGUUCGAGCGGGCGCAAAAUUCCCCUCCGAGUCUCCAAUAACAAAGUAUAUGUUUGGGACAUUGACGACAUCGCGGCCUUGCGUGCGGACCACCAUAUAUGCGGCGUCCUGACAGGCACGCUACCACACCUCUCCCAGCAAAAUGUCUUUCUCGGGCCCCCUCUCUUACUUAUGCCCGAGGAGGUAGUCCUCCUCGUCGACAAACAGCUCGCCGUGCUAGUGGAUGACCCCGCCGCACACCGCACACCUUCUCUCGAUGCGCUAAAAGCAUGGAACACAGAACGCGCUGCCGCUGCACAGCACCAGAUCGCGCUUGCAGAAACGAAGGAGGCCUCGGAGAAGGCGGCGACGCUGUCCAUGUCGGAGGAAGCGCUCCGCAAGCGGCGGGAGCGCGAGGAGCGCAGAGCGGCUGCAGCGCGUGCCAAAGCCCUAGCAGAGGGUGAGGACGUCGCUGUUCCUGAGCCGGCGGGCCCGGCGUCUGCUGCCGCAGCAGUCCCUUCAGCAGCUGACCAGCGGCCUGACACUCCAAGUGCUCAAGCCACUCCGGCGUACACAGUCACUCUCCCUGGGAGCUCCUCAGCACUCUCGUGGUAUGACUCCGAGGGGUGCACAUACGAGACCAUCGCAGACGCACAGGCUGCAGGAAUAUGGACUUACCCUGCCGACCUGCACGAGCGUGCAAAAUGCCGGGUCUUCAGAGACCUCUGGGAAAAGGGCAACUUCAUGGGCGGAGGGAUCAGAUUUGGCGGUGACUUUCUGGUGUAUCCCGGGGACCCUAUGCGCUAUCACUCACAUUUCGUCGCCAGCGUUGUCGAUUCGCCUGUGUCUACGAUCAAACCGAUGGAGAUCGUAGCGCACGGGCGAUUGGGUACUGCGACGAAGAAGGCCCAUUUAAUCUGUGGCUGGGACGACGAGAAGCAAGAAGUAUCAUAUUUCUCUAUCGAAUGGGCCGGCUUUGGUUAAUGCAGACAUCAAUGAAU